UGUGUGAACUGUGGAAAAAGUUUUCGUCGUAAACCGCAUUUAUCUCAGCACAUGAUGAUUCACACUGGUGAAAAGCCGUUUUCAUGUGUGACCUGUGGAAAGAGUUUUAGUCAAAAACAUGUUUUAACUCAGCACAUGAUGAUUCACACAGGUGAAAAGCCGUUUUCAUGUGUGAAUUGUGGAAAAAGUUUUGGUUAUAAACCGACUUUAACUAAGCAUAUGAUGAUUCACACUGGUGAAAAGCCGUUUUCAUGUGUGACCUGUGGAAAAAGUUUUAUUCGAAAACGGGAUUUAACUCUGCACAUGAGGAUUCACACAGGUGAAAAGCCGUUUUCAUGUGUGAACUGUGGAAAAAGUUUUAUUCGAAAACGGGUUUUAACUCUGCACAUGAGGAUUCACACUGGUGAAAAGCCGUUUUCAUGUGGAAAUUGUGGAAAAAGUUUUUGUCAAAAACAACAUUUAAUUCGGCACAUGAGGAUUCACACUGGUGAAAAGCCGUUUUCAUGUGUGAACUGUGGAAAAAGUUUUAGUCGAAAACUGCAUUUAACUAGACACAUGAGAACUCAUACAGGUGAAAAGCCAUUUUCAUGUGUGACCUGUGGGAAAACUUUAAGUCGAAAUGAUGAGUUAACUCAGCACAUGAUGAUUCACACUGGUGAAAAGCCGUUUUCAUGUGUGAACUGUGGAAAAAGUUUUGUUUAUAAACCGACCUUAACUAAGCAUAUGAUGAUUCACACUGGUGAAAAGCCGUUUUCAUGUGUGACCUGUGGAAAAAGUUUUAGGCAUAAAUCAGCUUUAACUCAGCACAUGAUGAUUCACACAGGUGAAAAGCCGUUUUCAUGUGUGAACUGUGGAAAAAGUUUUGUUUAUAAACCGACCUUAACUAAGCAUAUGAUGAUUCACACUGGUGAAAAGCCGUUUUCAUGUGUGAACUGUGGAAAAAGUUUUGUUUAUAAACCGACCUUAACUAAGCAUAUGAUGAUUCACACUGGUGAAAAGCCGUUUUCAUGUGUGACCUGUGGAAAAAGUUUUAGGCAUAAAUCAGCUUUAACUCAGCACAUGAUGAUUCACACAGGUGAAAAGCCGUUUUCAUGUGUGACCUGUUUAAAAAGUUUUAGUCAUAAACAUAGUUUAACUAAGCACAUGACGCGUCACACAGUUGAAAAGCUGUAGAAGUAUGUUCCAUAAAUGUCCUGUGUUGUAUUUGUUAAAUGUGAUCAUUUUGAUCUUCACAUUUGGAUACUUAGAGAUGUUCAACCAUGACACAUUAUCCUUCAUUGAUGUUUUAUUUUUCUGGUAUAUUCUGUAUCAAAAAACAAUAAUGAUAAACUGUAUGUUAUUGUAUUAACUUACUGUUUAUGUCAAA